AUGCUGGACGGCCUGAAGAUGGAGGAGAACUUCCAAAGCGCGAUCGAGACCUCGGCCUCCUUCUCCUCGCUGCUGGGCAGAGCGGUGAGCCCCAAGUCUGUCUGCGAGGGCUGUCAGCGGGUCAUCUUGGACAGGUUUCUGCUGAGGCUCAACGACAGCUUCUGGCACGAGCAGUGCGUGCAGUGCGCCUCCUGCAAAGAGCCCCUGGAGACCACCUGCUUCUACCGGGACAAGAAGCUCUACUGCAAGUACGACUAUGAAAAGCUGUUUGCUGUCAAAUGUGGGGGCUGCUUCGAAGCCAUCGCGCCCAACGAGUUCGUGAUGCGGGCCCAGAAGAGCGUGUACCACCUGAGCUGCUUCUGCUGCUGUGUGUGCGAGCGGCAACUUCAGAAGGGCGACGAGUUUGUCCUGAAGGAGGGGCAGCUGCUCUGCAAAGGGGACUACGAGAAGGAGCGGGAGCUGCUCAGCCUGGUGAGCCCGGCAGCCUCAGACUCGGGGAAAAGUGACGAUGAAGAAAGUCUUUGCAAGUCGGCCCACGGGGUGGGGAAAGGAGCUGCCGAGGACGGCAAGGACCAUAAACGCCCCAAACGCCCUAGGACCAUCUUGACAACCCAGCAGAGGAGGGCUUUCAAGGCCUCGUUUGAAGUAUCCUCCAAGCCCUGCAGGAAGGUGAGGGAGACGCUGGCUGCAGAGACAGGGCUGAGCGUCCGUGUCGUCCAGGUGUGGUUCCAGAACCAGAGAGCUAAGAUGAAGAAGCUGGCCCGGCGGCAGCAGCAGCAGCAGCAGGACCAGCAGAACACGCAGAGGCUGAGCUCCGCUCAGUCGAGCGGCGGCGGGAGUGGGAGCAUGGAAGGCAUCAUGAACCCCUACACGGCCCUGCCCACCCCGCAGCAGCUGCUGGCCAUCGAGCAGAGUGUCUACAGCUCGGAUCCCUUCCGGCAGGGCCUCACCCCACCCCAGAUGCCCGGAGACCACAUGCACCCCUACGGCGCAGAGCCCCUUUUCCAUGACCUGGAUAGCGACGACACCUCCCUCAGUAACCUGGGCGACUGUUUCCUAGCAACCUCAGAAGCCGGGCCCCUGCAGUCCAGAGUGGGAAACCCCAUUGACCACCUGUACUCCAUGCAGAAUUCGUACUUCACCUCUUGAGUCUUCCCCUCGUGCUCUGUGGCUAGGCUCCCAUGCAGAACAACCACGCCAUGUGAGGGGUCUCUGGCUUUAGGACGG